UAAUAAUUGUCAUAAUAGAGGAAUGUCAGUGAGUGGUUACUCUUGGCAUGGUAUCCUAUUUUGUUUUCUUCGUUAUUAUCUGAUCAUUAUUGCUCAAAAUUAAGUAAUAGUAAAUUGGUAGAACUAUCUGUGAUCUCUUCGUAUAAAGAAAUCAAAGAUGUCUGGAUAUAAUUAUAAAAAAUCCACGAAUCCAUUCGAAAUUGAGGACGUAGACGAUGAAACCUUUUUAAGAAACUCUAGAAGAACUUCCAACACUGCCUUUGACAACCAAGUACUGGCCUAUCAAGAAAGAAGAAAACAAAUAGAGGAACGAACAGUAAAUAGCACAGAGCGAAGUAUAAGUGUUUUGAGGGAUUCUGAACAAAUUGGAAUAGCCACUGCUGAAGAACUAAUGAGACAAAGGGAAAAAUUAGAGAAAACAGAUAAACAACUCGAUGAGAUCAAUGCCACCUUGAGAUUUUCUCAGAAACAUAUCAACGGUAUCAGAUCUGUUUUCAGCAGUUUGAAAAACUAUGUGUCUGGUAGAAAUGACAGUAGUCCUUCUAUAUCAAGUACUUCAAGUAAUAUUAAGCCAUCAUCUUCUAAUAACUCGAUAAAGGAAGAAGUUCAAAAUUAUGACCGUUAUGAAAAUCAUCCUAGUACGCGUCUUAGACAGACGCAAUAUGAAACAAACCGUAACCAAUCAAGUGGAAAAGAUUUUGAGGCCAAGCUAGAUGCCAAUCUUCAAGAAAUGUGCAUAAAUAUAACUAGACUUAAAGGCUUAGCUACAGAUUUAUCUCUUGAAUUAGAUUCUCAAAAUGAUCUCAUAAGUACAAUAGUGGAUAAGACAGAAAUUGCUGAUAUGAAUAUAGCUAAACAAAAUAAAGAUAUGAUGAAAAUAUUGAAGAAAUAAUAACUCAGGGUAUAUUUAUCAAUCUAUAAAAAGUAUUGCGAUAAAAUGUAAAGAAAUAAAAACCUCAAAUAAUUUAUUAAAUUUUUUAUAAUCUUGGUUUUUGAGAUAACAUUUCAACUGUAGUAUUGAAUUUAAUUCCAAAUCUUUUCUUUUUAUCCAAUUGAGUGAAAGUGAAUUAUUUACAAUAUAUUGUAACAAGAGUAUAUAAUUUUUGAAGCUCUUUUAAAUGUAUACAGUAAAAGUCUUCUGAAUGUAUAUUAGAGCUAUUAAUUGUGCAAAAUGGAUCUUCUUUAAUGCACUUUUUAUCGCCAUGCACUUGUAUAUGUGACUUUAUUGUACUCAUUGUGAUCUAAGAAAAGUGAUCUUUUAUGUGGAAAAGCUUUCCUUCUUAAGCUUGAUGGUGAAAUAAUUUCAUUACCAGUACAAACGUUUUUUGUGGUAAAUUGGAGAUAUAUUGUUGUAAUGCUGUACCAAAUAUUUUUAUGGUUGUAUGUAAAAAAUAUACGAUUUCAAUGUUU